CUAUUCCGUGUAGUGUGGAGGUAUUUUUUCCGUAUCUCGCUGCUGCGCGCUGAUUUUUGCCAAAGCUGCAAAAAGCAAAAAUAAAAUAAAAAUACACAGCUGCCACAAAAUUUUAAUUACGCACGGCACACACACACACACAUACCAUACAAGUCUAUACAUUAAUUGUCGCGUCGUGUCUACAAAAAUUUUUAACGGCCAAACCAACCAGCACAACAAAAAUUUUCAAGUGUUUUUCGGCAUUGUGCGGUGUUUGUUUAAUAUUUCAACAAAAACAACAACAACAACAAGCUAAGCACAAAAAUAUAUAAAUUAGUGACAGUGAAAACGUAAAAAGCUGUUCCGACAAGAGAUAAGUGACAAGAAAUAACGAAAUAUAGCAAUGAUGCAGUUUUGAAAAACAAUCAAAAAAGCCAAAAUAGAAAAUUCAGUGCAACAUGGUUUCCAAAAAAUGUUCAAAGAAUUAUAGCAAAUAAACGACACAGUCUAGUGUACAAGUAGUAGCUUCAGUAAUUAAACAAAUUGAUGCUGCAACCGGAACUUCGAAAGUGUAUCGACAAGAACUUGAGCGUUAACUGGAAAGCCAACUAGAACCCUCAAGAAGUAUCGACGACCAAUAGACGCAUCUACAAAGCCUUUUGCGAAGCUAUCUGCAAUAAAUACAAAGCUUGUAGACGUAUCUGCGGCAAAAGUAAAGUAUCCGCGACCAACAACAAGUUGUAGAAGUUUUUGCGACCACAAAACGUAAUUAAAACAGCUGAAUAAAGUAUCUGCGACCAAAAAAGCGCAAAGCAAUUCAAAAAGAAACUACGAGCUUUUAGAAGCAACCGCAUCAAGCAUUUUUUCGGCUAUUUAUAAGAUAUCUACAACCAUCUGAAGCACUCAAAAGACAUCUGCAGCUAUCGGAAAUCGUAGCCCCAUGACCUAAUAGGUCGCUACCACAGCUCUGGUGGGAUCUACACACGAAAGUGUUCAACUACUUCAUGAUUGGGCAGCUAACAGGAAAGCUGUGCUAAAUUUUAAUUCGCAAUUGUUCAAAUACAAGAAGAAGCACGAUGCUGACCAUGGAAUCGGACAUGAAAGGCAGCCUUUUGCAUGCCACGAUGCCGCCGCAUCAUGCGAGCGCCGCUCUCCACGGCCAUGCCGCCUCGCCCUACUCCCUGGGCCCGCUGAUGAACCUCGGCCAGUCCCAUCUGACCCAUUCGCAGCUGAGCCACCACAAUCAUCACCAUCAUCAUCACAUGAGCGCCCACAUAGCGGCCAGCCAGAGUCCCAAUGGCCUGAAUGGCGGCGGCAGCAAUCCUCUGAGCUCGUUGCAGACGAGCAUGGCCAACACGCUUAAUGGCACACAGCAGAGCAGUCAGCAGCAUGGCAGCUCGCCGCUGCACAGCUCCAGCGAACUGAGCCCCACACAGUCCAGCAUCGGCUCCCACCACAUGACCUCGCCAGUCAGCCAUCAGCAGCAGCAACAGCAACAGCAUCCUUCGCAGCAGCAACAUCCUCAGCAGCAGCAACAGCAUCCCACGCACAUGGGCGCCGGCUCAGCUCUGAGCAGCAUGACCAGCAACAACAAUAACAACAACAGCGCCACAGCCAACAAGAAUCAGCAGCAUGCGGAUCGGGUGAAGCGACCGAUGAAUGCCUUCAUGGUCUGGUCGCGUGGACAGCGUCGCAAAAUGGCCUCAGAUAAUCCAAAGAUGCACAACUCCGAGAUAUCGAAGCGGUUAGGCGCGCAAUGGAAGGACCUAUCCGAGGCCGAGAAGCGCCCCUUCAUCGAUGAGGCCAAGCGUCUGCGCGCCGUCCACAUGAAGGAGCAUCCUGACUACAAGUACCGGCCCCGUCGCAAAACCAAAACCCUCACCAAGACCAAGGAGAAGUAUCCGCUGGGCGUGGGCGGUCUCAUGCAGACGCAGGGCGGUGUGCCCGGCGGCCCGGAACCCGGCACACCCACACGCGGUGGAGCAGGCGGUGGCUCCCAGGGUGGCCAGGGCUUGAACAGCUCAGCCGCAGCUGCGGCGGCCGCAGCAGCAGCCGCUGCCCAACAAGCCGUCAAUCGCGACAUCUACCAGAUGAAUGCCCCCAAUGGUUACAUGCCCAACGGCUAUAUGAUGCAUCCCACGGAUGCCAGUGCGGCGGCCGCCUACCAGACGCAACACAGUGCCUACAUGGGUAAUCAUUAUGCGCAGCGCUACGACAUGGGCCACAUGUAUAACAUGAAUGCGGCAGCGGCCGCCGGAGCGGGCGGCUACGGCAUGUACGGCACAGUGACCGGUGGCCAAACCUCGCCCUACGGCAGCAGUCUGCAGCAACCCGGCUCCCCGUACAGCAGCUCCCUGCAACAGCAGCCGGGCUCGCCCUACAGCACGGGUCUCAGCGCCGCCAACAAUCCGCACCAAACUGCCGGCUCUCAAGUCUCCUGCCAAAGUCACAGUCCCAGCGAUUCGAGCAUUAAGUCCGAACCCGUCUCGCCCAGUCCGAGCGCCAUAGCGCUCAACAACAACAAUAACAACAACAAUCACAUCAUGAAGCGCGAAUAUGCCACGGCAGCGGCAGCCGCCGCCGCAGCAGCAACAGCUGGCGGCACGGAACUGAAUCAUUUGAUGAACAUGUACCACAUACCCGAGACCCUGCACGCCGAGCAACGCCAUCUGCUGCACUAUCAAGCGAGCUCGCCGGAGCUGCAGCAGCAGCAACAGCAGCACGUGUUGCAGCAACAACAGCAGCACCAGCAGCAGCAACAGCACCAGCAGCAACACCAGCAGCAGCAGCAACAUCUGCAGCAGCAAUCGCUGCGUGCCAUGGCGCCUCUGGCCCAUAUGUGAGAAAUGGCCAGCGCCUAUGGAGUGGGUGUGGAGGCUAGAGCCGCCACUGAGCUGGUAGAUAGCGCGCCCAGCUCGCCACCGCCAAGCACCGUCGCUGCUGUUGCCAGCGCUUACUUGGAUGCCAGCUAUCAGCAGCAGGUGACGCAGACCCAGUCCCAGCUGAAUGGACGACCUAGUCCGACGGCAUCGGGUUCAUCGGGCGGUCGCUCCUCAACGCAUUCCAUGCCCACUGCCGCGCAUUCACCCGCCUUGGCCGUAGCGGCUGCCGCCGCCGCCGCUGCUGCCGCCUAUCAGCUGAACUCCUCGUCCUCGAACUCCUCCAGCUGUGCGGCGGCCACUGCGGCGAAUGUGUUUGUGGGUCGCUUUGGUGUGGAGCCAGUGGCGACGAUUAGCAGCAGUAGCAACAGCAGCAUGCUGGACAUGCAGCAGCAACAGCAGCAGCAGCAGCAGCAACAACAACAGCAACAACAGCAGCAGCUGCAACUGGAGGAGCAACAACUCUACCAGCAGCAGCAGCAGCAGCUGCAUGCGCCGCCUUUUUCGCAACAUCACUACCACCAUGCGCAUCUCAAUCUCAAUCACCACAUCAAUCAUCCACAUCACCACACACACCCACAUCUGCCGCACAGCACACACACCCAUCCGCACCAGCAACAUCAUCAGCAUCCACUGGAGCAUCAGCACGAGGUGGCCAGCGCAGGACUGUUGGAUAUAUCCACAUUGUAAAUUAUUGAAUAUAUUGCAAAUACACACACUCUAAACUACAUUUAAAUAAUAUUAUAAACAACAAUACAACAUUAAUGAAGUAAAAACAAUUUAGUUGAACACACACACACACACACACACACACACAGAGCAGCAACAUUUUAGCUUUAGUUUUUAAACAACAUGAAGGGAAAUGAAUAAUUUUAAAUGCAACAGCAGCAUUGUAGCACGUGUAAUUAAACAAAACGAAACAAAAACAAAACAGAUAUUGAAUAAUAAUUUUUAAUUAAGCAUACGCACUGUUGCCACACAAGCCGCAUAGCCAAGCAGAAGAACUUAAUUGUAAAAGUUUGCAAAAAUUCUUACUCCAUACUUCCCAUGCAUUCCAUACUCUAUGAUGGUUUUCAACAACUUUCCAUUUAACGUCUUCAUUUUCGGGACAUUUUUUUACAUUAAUUAAACAAAUAAAAACAAAAGACAAUUGUGUGAUACAAAGAAUGAAAUGAAAAU